UGUCACAGAGAGCUGGAGCUGUGAGUGGACAAGAAGGGAGGUGAGGACCGACAGCAGAAAGUCAAGCAGGAGAGAGAGAGAGAGGGAGAGAGAGAGAGAGAGAGAGAGAGAGAGAGAGAGGGAGAGAGAAGGGGAAAGAGCUCGAAGGGUUAGGAAGAUCAACAGCACCAUGGAUCCGUGCAGCAGCACAGGAAGAGAAGUGGCUGAAAGAGAAGCCGGCAGGGUUUUCGCUUGCUCUCUGCCUCCUUUCCAGCACCGUUAGUUCUCUCUCUCUCUCUCUCUCUCAGAAAAGCUCACGACUCUUUCGGCACACAUAAACCAUGCACCGACUUGAACUUUCGGCACACUAGUCUGACCACAGGAAUCACACCAAGACUCUUUUUUCUUCAGGAAGGAGAAGAAGCCGAAGAAAAAACAAACAACAGAAAAGCAAAUCAUGUGACACAGCUCCAAGCCAACCAAGCACAGCUGGAGGAGCACGACCGUCUCAACCUGUUUUCUCCCCGAGGAGGGAUGAGCGCUGAAACCGAGCGCGGCGUGCGGCUCCGAGGGUUGCGCACCAACUCGCCAGGAUCCGGUUACUCGCACGGCUUUCACCCAAGUCGCCCAUCUGUCUUUCGUGAGUCGUCCGCGAUGGGAAGUGCACGCGGCUUCGAGAGGCCAUGGGCGCACGAGAGGAAUAGGUGAAGAGUGCGAGUGGAGAACAAAGCAAGUGAGGGAAGUGACAGUGAGAGAGAGAGAGAGAGAGAGCGAGAGAGAGAGAGGGAGAGAGGGAGAGAGAGAGAGAGAGAGAGAGAGAGGGAACCAUGAGCUUGCCGACCAACUGUGGCUUCCUUCCCCCUGCCGACCGGGCCUUCAAAGUGUGGAACGGGAACAUCUGCGGGUCAGCGUGCGCGGUCAACUGGCCGAUCGACAUCGUGCAGAGACGCAGGCGUUUCGAUGUGGAGAAUGGCCUGGCGGGGGGUCGCCCACUGGAUGCCCAGGUCAGCCCCAGCUCGGGCCUGGUGCUGCAGGCUAACUACCCUCACAGCCAGCGGCGCGAGUCCUUCCUGUACCGAUCCGACUCAGACUUCGAGCUCUCACCCAAGGCCAUGUCCCGCAACUCCUCGACCGCCAGCGAGCUGGAAGAGGGCUUGAAACAGUGGGAAGUCAGUUGCCUGCCUCGACAUGGAGAAGACAUGAUCGUAACACCAUUUGCCCAGGUCCUGGCCAGCCUGCGCACGGUGCGCAGCAACUUUGCCGCUUUGACCCAUCUGCAGGACCGCGCUGGCUGCAAACGCUCAUCGGGCAGCAACCCCCCUUCCAUGUGUAAGCCGGGCUUGCCAGAUGAGACGUACCAAAAGCUGGCCAUCGAGACCUUAGAGGAGCUUGACUGGUGUCUGGACCAGCUGGAGACCCUGCAGACCCGUCACUCGGUCAGCGAGAUGGCCUCCAAUAAGUUUAAGAGGAUGCUGAACCGAGAGCUCACACAGCUGUCAGAGACGAGCCGCUCAGGAAACCAAGUGUCAGAGUUCAUAGCAAGCACAUUUUUAGAAAAGCAGCACGAUGUGGAGAUCCUAUCCCCGCCACCCAAGGAGAAAGAGAAGAAGCGCCGGCCCAUGUCCCAGAUCAGCGGCGUGAAGAAGCUGACACACAGCCCGAGCCUGGCACCCACCUGCAUCCCACGCUUCGGGGUCAGCACGGAGCACGAGAGCCUGCUGGCCAAGGAAAUUGAGGACAUUAAUCGCUGGGGCCUAGACAUCUUUCAGAUUUCUGAGCAUUCAGGGAAUCGUCCCCUGACAGUAAUAAUGUACACCAUUUUUCAGGAACGGGACUUGCUGAAGUGCUUCAAAAUCCCACCAGACACAUUCAUCACCUUCAUCAUGACGUUGGAAGACCACUACCAUGCCGACGUAGCCUACCACAACAACAUCCAUGCUGCUGACGUGGUGCAGUCCACCCAUGUGCUCCUCUCCUCACCAGCUUUAGAGGCUGUCUUCACUGACCUUGAAAUCAUGGCAGCUCUGUUUGCUAGUGCCAUACAUGAUGUAGAUCAUCCUGGAGUGUCCAAUCAGUUCCUGAUCAACACCAACUCAGAGCUUGCUUUGAUGUACAAUGACUCCUCCGUGUUGGAGAACCACCACCUGGCUGUGGGCUUCAAGCUGCUACAGGAGGAGAACUGCGACAUCUUCCAGAACCUGAGCAAGAAGCAGCGGCUGUCACUGCGCAAGAUGGUCAUUGACAUGGUCCUGGCUACAGACAUGUCCAAACACAUGAAUUUCCUGGCAGACCUGAAGACCAUGGUCGAGACCAAAAAAGUGACCAGUCUCGGAGUGCUGUUGCUGGACAACUACUCAGACAGGAUACAGGUUCUCCAGAACAUGGUCCACUGUGCUGACCUCAGCAACCCCACCAAGCCCCUGGAGAUCUACCGGCAGUGGACUGACCGCAUCAUGGUGGAGUACUUCACACAGGGUGACCGUGAGCGAGACAGGGGCAUGGAGAUCAGUCCCAUGUGUGACAAACACACCGCCUCUGUGGAGAAGUCUCAGGUGGGCUUCAUUGACUACAUCGUGCACCCCCUGUGGGAGACGUGGGCCGACCUGGUCCACCCCGAUGCUCAGGACAUUCUGGACAUGCUCGAGGACAACCGGGAGUGGUACCAGAGCAUGAUCCCCCGCAGCCCCUCGCCCACACCCGACACCCAGGAUCCGCAGGGUGAUGGCGGCCCCUUGGGAUGCGCCUCGGGCCCCGACAAGUUCCAGUUUGAGUUGACACUGGAGGAGGAGGGCGAGUCAGAGGGCGAGAGCGGCCUCGAGGCUAAGCAGCCCGAUAGCGAGAGCUCCAGGACUGUGGCAGGCAGCCUCCGGAGGGUCCCCUCACCCCAGCCCAGCCACAUGCUCAGCCUGGCUGCUAUGUCGGUGCAGAGUCCGCAUCACAGGACGUUGUCUCCGGAUGUUGCAGACAGGGAUGGAGGGAAAGAACUCGAGUGAAAAGUAUGAGGCGAACACGGAGUAGCAUUGCCUGGGACUAGCACUGCUAUGUUAUUUAUGUGUCUCGUAGAUGACACGUUCCUCAUCUGUGAUGGGCUGAGUGUGGCUAUAGCAGGCCUCCUAGCUCCUAGUGUACCAUACCAGAGACAACUCCUCUUUUUAGAUUUGCCUUUUCCUUUUUCACUUAUUAGGCACAUUUUUUCCCCAGACAAGCCUUUUUUUCCUAGUUCAUAAAAUUUGUCACUAGGACACAGACCAGAUUUGUGUCUGGGACACUGUCAUAUACAGAUUACAGAUUGAAUGAAUAGAGGUCAAAAGUUGAAGUGAGCUGUUUAUAGUCUACUGUCAAAGUAAGGAAUCCUUCUGAGAAAGAGAGUCUUCCUUCAAAUAAUGUACAUGGUGUAUGUAGAGGACAGUCCAUGUAAUAUUUAUAAUAACCUUACAGGGUCUAGGAACUUUUGCACCAAACUAUUAGUUUAGAUACUUAAGAUAUUCAUUUAUCUUGUGAAUAAUUCAUUUAGCUUUCAUUUGUAAUCUUAACAUUUUUAGCCGCUUGAAAAUGAACAGAUGAAUUAACAAUGUCAGAUACACCAAAUAUUAAAUUGAAAAGAAAAAUAAUUAUGACACUAAUAACCUCAGGAUAUGAACAAUGAUUUUAAUGUAGCAAGUUACCCCUCUGUAUUACCCAGUGUGUCUUUACUAUACAGAACAUUUGUUUUUUUACAUUGAAAACUUGACAAAAGUCAUGUAUUAUGAGUACUUCAAUAGAAGAAAGAUAUUUUGAAAUUGAAAAACAGGUAAUUCCAUGCUAAGUAAAGUAAGAUGUCAGUUCUUGGCACACCUGAUCACAGAUCUGAGAGCCACUACCUAAGGUAGUAUUUAAGUGAUGUCAGAAAUAAAACAUGACAGAUAUAAUUCAGUUUAUUUAUUUAUUUAGUUUGAAAAUGUCCAUUGAUUGCAGUAAAAUGUAAAAAUAUAAACCCCAGACAGUCAUUUUCAUGCAUAAUCAUAACUCAUAACUGUUAGUGUUAGGAGAGUUAGACCAUAUAUAUAUUCAUAUAUUCCCAAGUCCUCAUUUCCAACUCUCUUAGUUGACAAGAACCAUGUUAUACAUCUUGAAUGGGACAUUCUGUUAUAUCCAAUGUAGGUAAAUGUUGUGGAAUUCUAGAGCUUUUUAUAUAAUAAGAAGUCUGAGUUUAUAACUACAAAUUUGUUUGCAUACAAUGAAUAUUUUCACCCAAACUCCCUAGUAUCCUCUGAUAUCAUUUUACACCCUGCGACGCAGUGACUUGUGCCAGACUGUCUUAGGUGGAGUUUGAACAGUUUAGGGGAUUUCACAUGCAAUGGCUCAGCAGUGACCUUUAAUAAACGAGUACCUUUAUGUCUAGCUGGGUUCAAUAUUGAGGGGUACCGUAGAUCUUAAAACAUCACUUACACUCAUGUUCGCAUCAUUUAUUUUUGCGUUUUAACACAUUAAUUUGAUAUUUAUUAUUGAAAAUGGACAGACUGUCAACACUUAAUGUUGAAGGCUGACAUGAUUAAGUGUUUGUCAGACACUGGCCCCUGUCUGCACUCUGUAAAACAAGUUUUAAUGAUGUGUUUUUAUUUAAAGAGUAUUCUGAGAUUACUUCAGGAAUCCAAACCAGGCAUUUUGACACUUUUAAAGGGCUAGAGAUGAACUAGGAUAGACUAACGAAUGUCUCCCUCAGAUGUGUAGUACUAUAUCCACUUUUACAUGACUGCAACUGGGUUUUCAUCAGGAUGUAUUAUUACAUUAAAAUGUAAUAAUACAUUCACUCAAUUAACUAGCUCUAAUUCUGUAGAUCUGUUAAAUGAACAAACACAAACUAAAAUUGUCAUUGCAAAAUUGGCAGAAUGAAAUGUAUGAAAAUUAUUGUCUUAUGGUGAAUGUCUGCUUCUUUCCAUCACAUAUGUGGCUGCCCUUUUCUUCAAACAAAGUGCACAAAACCCAUUUUCUUCUUAAUACAUUUAUCACAGGAAACAUUAAAAGUGGGUUUUAAAACUGAGCAAUGGCAAGGAUUAAAAAAUAAACACAAUAGCAACAAUUGUUCUUUCAGACAAUAAAUGAUUCAGCGAGAGCCAACGGAUGCCAGUCGAUAGCGCUCAAAUGUGCUAAAAUCACAGCCUUAAAAAUGCAGUGACUUAUAAAACUGCACAUAGACUCUGCCGUAUUUGUGGUAUGUUUUUCAUGUCAUUUCUUGGGUUGUUUUCCAUUUUCACUAAUGUGCCAAGUUUCCAAUUUAUUCAAAGUGCUGAUAAUGUCAAACAAGGUCAUGUACGUUCGGUUCGUUUGUUCAGGAAAUUGUGUACCCCACUAAGGCCGAGUUCUCCUUCAGAUUGCGGUGUUUUUGACGUUUUCAUUUGUACCUUUCCAUCUGCCAUUUUGAAAGCCAAAAAUCUCCCGAUUAAUUCAGGAUGUUCUCUAGAACCAUCAAUAAAUUAUUUGGAAAGCUGUC